AUGCUUUAUGGACAUUUCCGAAAAGAUUUCCUUUGGAGCACUGCAACGGCAUCAUACCAGAUUGAAGGGGGCUGGAUGUCAGAUGGAAAAGGUCUCAGUAUUUGGGACAAGUUUGCUCACACCUCUCAGAGUUUUGAUGAUGACAAUGGAGAUGUAGCCUGUGACAGCUACAAUAAAGUAGAAGAAGAUGUUGCUAUGUUACAACAACUUAAGGUGACCCAUUAUCGUUUCUCCAUUUCGUGGCCGAGAGUGCUUCCUGAUGGCACCACCAAUCAUAUUAAUGAGGCUGGACUCAACUACUACCACAGACUAGUGGAUGCACUGCUUGCUGCAAACAUUCAGCCUCAUAUUACUCUGUACCACUGGGAUCUUCCACAAGCCCUGCAGAAUGUUGGUGGAUGGGAGAAUGAAACUAUUAUUGCCAAAUUCAAGGAUUACACUGAUCUCAUCUUUAGUCGUCUUGGCCACAAAGUGAAAUUUUGGAUCACCAUUAAUGAGCCAUACAACAUAGCCAAUGUAGGCCAUGGCUAUGGAGUAGCUGCCCCAGGAAUCAGUUUCCGACCAGGCACUCUGCCCUACAUUGUUGGUCACAACCUGCUUAAAGCUCAUGCUGAGGCCUGGCACCUCUACAAUGAAAAGUACCGGGCCAAACAGAAGGGAAUUAUCUCUCUCACCAUCAACUCUGACUGGUCAGAACCCAGAAAUCCCUAUAAGCAGGAGGACAUUGAUGCUGCAAGACGUGUGGUGCAGCAAAGAACCAGCUAA